CUGCGGUAAUUUAGUUCAAGUCAACAUGAGUUUCCACAUCUACUUUACAAAUGAAGAUAUGAUACAGGGACUGCAGAGAAUAAGAGUUUGUGUGUCGAAUUCAGGAGAGGAGUUCAGGAACACCACAGUGGAGGAGUUAAAGAGAAAACUCAUUCCUGGAGACCAGCUGGAAAACACAGUACUGGUCAACUCUGAUGCCAAGACACUGAAGAAGAGUCGCACACUGGGUUUCUACGGCAUUAAACACGAGGAUCAUAUUCUUGCUGUGCGCCGAGGAAGACCCUAUAACAUUACCGUGGCACGUGUGCACGUAUCUCCUGAUUUCCAGGUGUCGCUGGUGCCGGUGUCCAUAGAAAGACAUUUCAUUGAAGAUGAUGAUGAUGAUGAUGAAGAAGUGCCCUGGACUCAAUCUUUGCACAAUUUUAUUUUGUUAUUUUAUUUAAUCUAUGGACUUCUACAGUUAAUAAAUAAUAUGCUUCAGCUUACUCUAUUAGGGCCCGAGCACCGAUGGUGA